CAAGACAUGAGGUCUUCUUUUACUCUUUCUUCUCCUCUGUUGUUCCUAUCUCUGUGUAUUUACCUUCUUCUAGUUUUCAACAAUUCGCGAUCAAAACCAUUAUGCCACAAAGGUAAGUCAUCAUCGCCAAUUCUGAUUAAUUUCGGAGAUUCGAACUCCGACACUGGAGGCUUGCUUGCUGGCACCGGUCUCCGAAUUGGUUUGCCCCAUGGUAUUACAUUUUUCCACGAGGGUACUGGCCGGUUUGGCGAUGGACGUCUUAUUAUCGACUUCCUCUGUGAAAGUUUGAACCUGGGUUUUCUAAGCCCAUAUUUGGACUCCCUGGAACCAAAUUUCGAAAGUGGUGUCAAUUUCGCAGUUGCGGGUGCCAUGACUUUACCUCGAUUUGUCCCUUUUGCGUUAGAUGUACAAGUUCGGCAGUUUAAGCGUUUCCAAAGUCGUUCUCUCAAACUCAUCGCACAAGGUUCGAAAGGUCUGAUAGAUGAAUAUGGGUUUCAAAAUGCGCUUUACAUGAUUGACAUUGGACAAAAUGAUCUCUUGGUUGCCCUAUAUGCGUCAAACUUAACCUCCACGCCCGUACUUGAAAAAAUUCCAUCAUCUCUAGCAGAAAUCAAAUUAGCAAUUCAGAAACUUUAUGAACGUGGUGCCAGUAAAUUUUGGAUACACAACACUGGACCAUUAGGUUGCGCUCCGAAAGAGCUUGCCCUUCAUCCUCAUAACGACACCGAUCUUGAUCAAAUUGGGUGUUUUAAGGUUCAUAACGAUUUGGCAAAAGCUUUUAACGAAGGAUUGAAGGUUAUAUGCAACGAAUUAAGAUCAACUUAUAAGGAUGCGACCAUUGUCUAUGUUGAUAUAUAUAAAAUUAAAUACGAACUUUUCAGGGAAUACAAAAGUUAUGGUUUUACAAAACCACACAAGGCUUGCUGUGGGUAUGGUGGAGAGCCAAACAACUAUAAUGUUAAAGCAACUUGUGGCCGACAUGGCUACACUAUCUGCGCGAAUGUAUGGCAGUCUAUAGUGUGGGAUGGAGUUCACUAUACUGAAGCUGCUAAUCAAGUAGUCGCCUCACACAUUCUUUCUACAAAAUUUUCCAUACCACAAAUAUCCCUGGAAUCUUUUUGGAAAAUUUGACUCCUUUUUUCUAACCUUCUGUCAAACAUGGUUAUUUAACAUUGUUUACAGGAGAAUUAGAAGGACCAGUUUGUAAAAUUUGUAACCACAAUAUAUCAUUAGUGUUUGGCUAGGCCAUUGUUUAGGGAUAAGGGAUAUCCUAGUGACUACAUUGUCCCUUUACUUAAUUAAAUUAUUAUUUAUUUAUUUUAUUUUAUUCAUUUUUAUUUUCA